AUGUCCUCCACCUCACUCGCCCGUACCCCUUCGCCGAAAUCAUCGCCAACCAUUAAUCCCGUCUCACCCUUAUCUCCCAUCUCUCCUUGGCCCCCAAUCCCUCCAAGUGAGGACUCAGCCAGCCAAAAACCUCAAGAUGAUUUACCCAACUCUGUCGACGUGUACUCCAGUAUAGCUAUACUAGGUACAUAUCUUCUAUUUGCCUUGUAUCUCUUUUGGGCUUUCUCACCUGGAGACAGUAGUUGGACGAGCUGGUUGCCCAAUAGACAAUGGAGUAUAAUCGUCCCGUGUUGGCUCAUGAUGGUCGUCUUACUCACGUACUGGUCCUACGCCGCUCUGACGAUAUAUAGAACUCCAGAUUGGAAUUCGAUAGAUUGUAUAACAGAUCCAUAUGCAGGUAUUCCACCAAUUGAACCCAUAGACUCGGGGACAGAACAACAGGAGAAUGAAGAUAGGCGGCGAGCACCUUAUUACUUCGAUGCAGUAGGAGAUAAAGCGAGUUCUCAAGCUGUGGAUCUACCUGUAGAUCUGGUGAACAGAGUGUUAUAUCCACCUAGGAAGAGGAGUGACGCAUGA